CUGUUGCUACGCCGCUCAUCAUGUUAUGGUAAUAUUAUCGUUUUCCACGAGGCGUCUGAACACCAACGUAAGUUUUCCACCGAGGGGACUCUCCAGUUUCGGUUUCGGGAGCAUGUGAAGCAGCUCUGCAGCUGCGCCCCCGGACAGUCAUGGAGGUGCAGCCCGAGGUGCGGAGCGCCCCGCUCGGCUGCUUCGACAGGACGGCCGCCGCUCUCACCGUCGACGACGUCUACCAGAUCGCCAAAGUGAUCGGCACCGAGGUGGAGAAACUCAUCGACGGCUACGGCAAAGAGAGCGUGGAGACGCUGGUGACUAAAGUGGUGAAGGUGCUGGAGCUGCUGGAGAGCUUCGCCUGCAGGAACCAGGCGGAGAAGCUGCGGGAGGAAGAGCUGCUGAAGACCUUCGAGACGCUGCAGCUGCAGCAGCAGAGGAAGCGCUGCAGGGACGGAGACGAGCUGCGGGACACGCAGCAGAUACGGGAGCUGCAACAGAAGGAGCAGCAGUGGAAGAGGAGGUGUGAAGAGCUGCAAGUUCAGGUGCAGCAGCUGCAGGAGGACAGGGAAGAGCUGCACAGCAGACUUAAAGGCAGCUAUGCACAGGAGGACCGAGUUCAGCGACAGGAGAGGGAAGUGAUGCUAAAACUGAAGCAGGUGGUGGACAAGCAGAGAGAUGAGCUAAGAGCCAAAGUCCAGGAGAUCACUGCUAUUUCUAAAGAGGUGGAGGCGCUCCAGGAGCAGUUGGAGCGCUUUAUGAAAAUGAAUGCAGAGCUGCGACACAAGCAGAACGUUCUGCAAACGCAGCUGACCAGCGUCGUGGAGAGGAAGACCGACAUGGAGGCUGACCUGAAGGAGAAAAGCAAAGAAAUAGAAAAACUCCAAGCACAGCUGGACAGUGCCAACAGCAACAGCCCGUCUACUGUAAAUGUGACAGCACAUGAGAAAACCAAAGCAUCUACAGGUGAUCAGAAGGAUCCGGAUCAGCCGUGCUUCACCAAGAAGGAAGUGCGUGACAUCCUUUUUGAGAGGAAUGAGCUGAAAACCAAUCUCUUCCUGGUGCAAGAAGAGCUUAAUUACUACCAGAGGGAAAUAUUGAAUGAGGAAAGGUGCCCAGGUUUCCUUUUAGAGGCCGUCCGCUCCGCCAUCAAAAAGAGAAGGAAGGUGAUAAAAGCAAAGAUGCUUGGGAUUCCUGUCAUUGAAUGCAGCAGCAGUGAUGAUGAGGAGAAGACCUCUCUGUUUGGACAGACAGAAGUGGAUGGUACAGAAAUAGACGGGAGUGCAAAACCUGCUGAAUCACGCAUUCGAAACCUCUUUGGCUUUCUGACGCGGUCGGGCAGUGGCAAGGCCCCCACCCACAUGAGCAACUCCGCCUCCAGCUGGGAAAUCCUCGGUGAUGCCGAGGCCGACGAGGACACAGAGCAGCAGUCAUCUUCUUGACUCUGGUACUGAGCUUGAGCUGUGAAAUUUCUUCAAGUUUGUCUGCAAAUGUUCUCACCUCAGUCAGAAGCUUGUAGCAGAACUUCUGGUUGUUGAAUGCAAACCUAAGUUGUGAAACUCAAAAGCACUUUUAAAUGGAGAGAAUGUGUGUGUGACGGUAAAUUCAGCUUUCUCACUUUUUAAAUUGAGCUUCAAUCAUGAUUACAUCUUAGUUUUACUCUCAUCAAAUGAGAGGGAGACUACAGUAUAACUGGUAAAGCAUAUUACAGUAUUACAGUAAGAGGGACAUUUUUGGAUUCUUCCUGUAGUUUAAUUCAGGUAUUAAAACGACAAUCAUGUUAUUCUUCACUGUAGGAAAAGUUUUGAAACUUUAGCUCAGAUAUAUAUAUAUUUAUAAACAUCCUCAAGAAUUUUUAGCUAAAACCAAAGAUGAUAUAACAAAUUUCUUUACAUUUUCUCACCCUCAUUUUUAAAAAAGUAUUUUUUCUGGUGGAAGAUUAAACUGAAUGAGGUUGAAACUUCAAAUGGGUUAAAAAUAUCCGUUUGGAUGUAUUUCAUUGAGAAACUCUUAAGUUGAUUUGUUCAGCAAUUAAUGUACCAAACAAUAUUUUAUUUUUGCAUGCAUUUUUAUGUAGAAAGAUCUUAAAUAUAAAUAUUAUAUUUAUAAAAAGGUAUUGAGAUAUCAUCUUUAUUAAAACUAUAGAAAAGAAAAAUGCAAAAACACACUUGAAGCUUUAUUACAGGACAUGGAAAGCAGGACAAACAUUUAAGACAUUCAAACAGUUUUAAAAAUGUUAAAAAUAACUAUUUCAAUGUAUUUAUGUGGAAUUCAACCUUUAAUAAAACACAAUUUUUGAUUUAAUAGUUUUAUAAAAGAAUAACAUUUUUAGCUGUUUGUUCCAAACUUUAAAAAUGUGUUUUAAAGUAUCUAUUUAUCCAUUACUCCAUUAAAUUCACUUCUGUGGGUGUGGGUUGCUGGGGUAACAGGCUAAGCAGGGAGGCCCAGCCCCCCUCUCCUCACGCACCUCCAGCUCCUCUGGGAGGAUGUGAAGACAUUCUCAGGCCAACCAGGAUGUUUAAUCUCUCCAGUCUCUCCUGGAUCUGCCUCAAGGCCUCCUCCCAGUCAAACAUCCCCAAAACACCUCCUAAGAGGCCUCCUGACCAGAUGCCUAAACCACCUCAGUUGGGUCUGGUUGUUGUGCAGGAGCAGCAGCUCUCCUCCGAUAUGCUAGUUCUACUCUAUUCUCUCCCAGACAACUGAACUGCUCAACUUUCCUCUUACAACGCUGCGGAGGACACACAUUUCAGCCGCAUUCACCGUAGUCGCAUUCUCAUUUUUUAAAGGGGACCUAUUAUGGCAUCUAAUACCUAUUUUAAACAGGCCUUGAAUGUCUUAAAAACAAGCUUUUGAUUGUUAAUAAAAAAUAAAUUAGAAAUUCAGCCUCUGAGCCAUGUCUUUAUCUUCCCCGUUUCUAACCUCAUUAUCUAUUCAGGAUUCUGAGUGGGCGGGCGGCUAUGAUAAUGAGGCACUGUGCUGAUUGGCUGCCUGACGCGAUGACACAAUACACCGCUACGAA